UACCGUGGCAAGAUCAGAGAGUAAACAAGACAAAUGAUAGUUUCAGGAUGACCUAAUGAUGUGUAUUGGCGAUAGCUCACCAAGAUGAGUGAAGCCGAUGACCCUGCAAACAAAGAGGGGAACGUCAACGAAAGCGUGGAAGUUUCCUCUGUUCAUAGUGCCGGGACUAGUGCUCCAAUGGUCGAUCUGCACGCUUGCGGGAUUUGCUUUCAGCUCUAUGACGAAUCCGAGCGGUUACCGAAAGUUCUUUCUUGCGGUCACACGAAUUGUCUCACGUGUCUCAACAGCUGGGUGAAGCAUAGCUCUUCGCCAUUUCCUGUUUGCUCAAUAUGUCGACGUGUAACCAGAAAACCCGUAAACCUCUUGGCUACUAAUUUUCAGUUGUUACAAGUACUGCGAAGGAUGAAGUUGAUAUCUGCUGAAUCAAAAGAGGCUACUCCUGAUGAUCAACAGCAGAGUGCUAAUGCUGCUGAUAAUGAUGCUACUGCUCUUAACUUGGCUGCAGUUUGUGAGCAGGUUGAUGAGCAUAUGCAAGAAGUUGCAUCUCUUCUUGAAAUCCAAAUGGAGGCUCUCAAUAUGAAUGAACAGCAGAACAGCAGCGAUCAAGGAUUGUUAUCUCGUAUGAUUGAGAAUUCUGUUGCUGAUCUUUUAUCGCGGUGGGAUUCAGCAAAAACAUAUCUGUUGGAUGCAGAGAAACGAAAGACUGGUAGCUCUUCGUCACGAGAAAGCCUCUCUAUGUCCGCUGCGUUUAGUGAGAUAUCGGCAGUGAUAUAUGAUGCGCUCCAUGACGAGACACCUGGAUUACUCGAUUUUAUGCCAUUUCGGGUGCCUUCGCUUGAUGAUGAUGCACGGGUACCACCGUCGGAAAGCAGCCGCUUCGACGGAAUUUAUGAUUGGGGAGGAGAAUCCGAGACCUUAACACAUGCGUAUUCGGACUUCUCUUUGUUUGGCAGUGAGAGUCAUGAAACUGCGGUCAGUGCUAGCCAAUCUUCUUCGCAAGAGGAGACUUUUCCAAAUUUUGUCGGAUGGGAGGAAAGCCCAACCUUUCCUCACAUAUCGACUUUUCACGGCCCAUUUGCUUCAUACUCUCGCUGUUCUCUCUGCCAAUGUCGUCUGUCCACAAGCUUUGCUAGCCAUCAGACCCAUGUUAGUGGUAGACGUCAUCAGCAAUUCAUUGGAAGUCUGACGGAGGCCAAUUCAUCCAGAGGCCGACGUCGACCUCAGUCAGCCGCAGCUGUAGGAUCUGCUCAUACUCCUAAUUCAAACAACCGCUCUUUCCAUGCAAGUGCCACAGCAUCAGCCUCUACUCGACCUACUGAAACAGUGAAUCUGAGUUUGCCCUCUGCCAGAAGAAGUUUGCCGCAUGGGACAUCAGAUCAAAGAACAAACAUGCCGGAAUCUAUACCUAGAUAUGGAAGAAACAAUCGAAGAAACACAAGACCACCCGUACGAGAAGAGCAGCACCAAAAUCAGAAUCAAAGCAACCGAAACAACAGAGGCUCGAACAGACAAAAUCCAGCUUCUGGUUGGGAUAAUCAAGAGUGGCCGGUUAUUGGUUGGGGGCAACUUCCAUACGAAUACGUUCCUGGAUGGUCAUUCGGCUAUGGCGGCUAUAUACAAUAA